GAGUAACAGGGUGACAGUCCUGCGUCGCCAGUGUUGCACGUUGCUAAUCAGCGCGCAGAGAUAAGCUUUCGGAGAUAACGAAAACGAAAACACACCGUCUCCACUGCGCGUUCGCUUGUGUUCGGUAGCUCGUUAGUUCGGUAGCUCGUUUUGACAUUAAUUCAAGUCGAGCAAACGUCUAUUCUGGCAACCCGACCUCGAUCCGACCACAAGCACAAGCAGCAACAGACGACGGUUCGCCGCAGCUCCUCCCAUUGCUGCUGUAAACAAACACGUUUAGGUCAAAUACGCGCCACCAUCUCUAAGCGGAUGCAGCACUGUCGGAAACUUCACCCUGUCACAACGGAAAUAGGAUAGCUGUCUUGCACGACUUCGCCAGGACUCCACACACCCAGUUCUCUUUCGGAGUGCGCCUGCCGUGAACGGGUUGCUUGAGCACAGCAUUCUCGUGAAAUGGAUUCCAAGUGCAGAUUGCCUGUCUGGGUUAACCUCUUCAUCUUGUCUCCAGUGCGGGGUCAUAUUUAUGAAGACCACCUUGGUGGACAGAUCUCGCUUCUGGGCCCGCUCGUCUGCUUCGCCAUCUUCAUCGCCAUCUGUGCCUGCUUCUGCCGCGAGUGCAGACGCAGAGAAGCCAUGCUCGCCUCCGGCACGACUGUGGCAAUGCCUCCGGAUCCGUUCCAGCUGUCUCCCCACAGGCCCGGAGCCAUGCUGUACGAACCAGCGGUGGCUGGGGUGCAUCCUCAGCACCUGCCCUCGCAGCCCAUGGCUCCUCCGCCGGGCUUCGUGAGCUACCCUUACAACACCAUGCCCCACGAUCCACCGCCACCCUACGAGUACAAGUGACUCUGGCAUCGCCAAAAACUGGGGGUUGUGAACUGUGCAUUCCGACGGGGCUGGCACACAACUGUAGAUUGGUGUUCCGUAAUGGACAGUAUUACUCAUUCGAGGCACGCUGCUACAGGCCAUAGGUCAUUUGUGGUGUUCUCGGAAGAAACGGCUAUAAAAGGCUGCUGACGAUAGAAUGUAACCAGAGAGAUCCAGUGUGGUCCUUGCCCACUUUGUUUUGGUGGACAGUUUAGUUUCUGGAGCUGUUGCAUGUUUUGCACAUGCUUAAGCUGUCUUGAUCUGAAAAUAAAUGGUACAAGUAUUCUGGGCCACAUUUUUAAGUGCCCUUCAAAAUAGACGAGAUUGUUAUUCUCUAGACAAUGACAGACAGUUUACGCCGGUUGUGAAAUUAGCUCGGUGCAAAGUGAUGGUGAACGCAAGUUUGCGCAUGAACUACCUAUUGCUGUUUUGAGGCACAGACUUAGCUUUGUAUUACUGUGGGCUGGCACAAAUACUUUCCAGAGAGCUGCGACACUGCUUUAGCUAUACAGCCGUAAUUACUCAAGGCGGCUACUCAACCUGGUGCUGGCAGGCCAUUAUCCGUCCAGUGUCUUUAUUGCCUACUGCAGGGAUCAUAUCCGACGAGAUUUACAGGUUGUGCUACCCUUGUCGAGCGUUUGUUUAUGCACACAAUUUUAUUCUAAUGAACGCAUAUCCCACUUCCCAGGUUUUAGACUAAAAUGUAUUGAACGGUGAACUUUACACAUUUUGUUUGUGGAGGUAAACAUUUUGGUUUUAUGGAAAAUGUAUUUCAGAAUGAACUGUACCAAAGCAGUGUAUAGUCUGGUGUACAAUCAUAUAAAACAAGUUACCAAGGAAGGGUCCUGUGUAUGACACAUUGGACUGUAUCCUCCACAGAUUUGUUUUCUCAAGCCGAACAACCCUCCCCUAAAUGAUGCGUGUACAUGCCAAUUAAAGUCCUGGGUGGAGUGGCAAAUAAAAAAAUGCUAUACUUGC